GCACAUCCCCAAAUGUAGAUUCUAAAAUGACAUCGAGGGGAAAAACAAUAAAAAUAGAAGCUUUUGGUACCACCUGUCAGGCAAAGCUUAUGUUGUCUUUGGGCAAAACGAGUACUACUCCUGAAAUACGAAGUAUAAUUUUAGCCUCGGACUCUAAAUAAGAAACGGACUGUUACUUUCCCGUUUGCUGAAUGGCCAUCAUUUGGAGUGAGAGUGUUUAUUCACGGAAAGAUGCAUGGAUGAAUAGUGGAUUCAUCUCGGUCGCUUGUUCACGUUUAGCAAGAAACAAUCGCUAGAAGGAAAAGUCCUAAAACUCUUCCAGAAAUGAGGAUGGAAAAUUGUGAAGUAAAUAAUCACGUUUGUGAGAGAAACUCUGGCGUUUUUGAGGAAGAAGAGGAUGAAAGAGAAAUAACACCUUUUAUGCAGAAAACGGAAAAUCACCAUAAAAAAAAGAAGGAAAAAGGCAAACGAAUAAUUAUCAACGUGAGUGGACUUCGGUUUGAGACUUACGAGGCAACCUUAGCACAAUUUCCCAAUACCUUACUCGGAUCCGAGUCGAAACGCGAAGAAUAUUUCGACAGUGACGCGGACGAAUACUUUUUCGAUCGAAACAGAUCAACUUUUGAGGCAAUAUUGUUUUUCUACCAAUCCAACGGCAAGCUGGUUCGCCCUAGUGGAGUACCCUUUCUACUGUUUAAAGACGAAGUGAUAUUUUUCAAGUUGGGUAAGGAUAAUUUAAAGCGUUUGGAGGAAGAAGAAGGUUAUAUCGAGGAAACUACGCGUGUUCUUCCGCGUCAUCAUCUUCAGAGGCGAAUAUGGGAACUCUUUGAAUAUCCAGAUAGCUCGAUGGGCGCGCGCGUCCUCGCGGUCUGGUCCGUGUCCGUCAUCCUUAUUUCUAUCGUAGUUUUCUGCAUCGAAACUUUGCCCACAUUUCGCUGUAAAACCAGCCCUGACGGGAAUGGCUGCCCUAAGCUAUUACCCGGCACUAAUUCGACAGCUGAUCAUCCUGAGCCGGUGGAAAAGAGCUCUGCGUGGCUGGCACUGGAAAUUUUAUGCAUUGCCUGGUUUACGCUUGAGUAUGUAGUAAGACUACUUUCAUCACCACAAAAACUUUUAUUUGUGCGCUCUUUUCUAAACGUGAUUGACCUAAUGGCGAUCUUACCCUACUAUAUCACCCUCCCAAUGAAGGACCUACGCAUCACAUCUCUCGCAGUUUUGCGAGUCAUAAGAUUGGUGCGCGUGUUCCGUAUCUUUAAGCUAUCGCGUCACUCUCGCGGCCUACAGGUCCUCGGACACACGCUACGCGCGAGCUCGCGCGAGUUAGCGAUGUUGAUUUUCUUUCUACUGAUCAGCGUUGUCCUGUUCUCAAGCGCAGUGUACUACGCUGAGGAGGAAGAAGCAGCUUCCAAAUUCAGCAGCAUUCCAGACGCGUUCUGGUGGGCCGUGGUGACUAUGACAACCGUUGGGUACGGGGACAUGUAUCCCGUGACUCCGUGGGGCAAGUUAGUGGGAUCGAUCUGCGCCAUUUCCGGUGUGCUUACAAUUGCACUUCCGGUUCCCGUUAUUGUUUCAAAUUUUAAUUACUUUUACAAACGGGAACAGUUAUCGAGCUCAAUGGAAGCAGCGGAGAAUGGCGAGUCGUCGUAUGGGAGCUACCGAGAUGAGAAAGAUGGGGAACAUGAGCUCGUGAAUGGGCCGUUUGUAGCAAGUCCCUCGGGUCAUCUCGUUACCAGCGCGCACAACUCGUACAGCCUCGAGGAGGUUAAAGUGGAAACACCAGUUUAAAUGGGACCCCGUAGGAAUUGAAAGUUAAACACGCAGAAGAGCAUGGACUUUCAUACAAAGAAACGGAAAAUGGCCUAGAAAUGUUAUGGCAAAAAUGUAUUUACAACUGUUUGGAUGAAAACAGAAAUUAUUUAUAAGGAUAUAUAUCUAUUUGCGAGAUGCUUUCGACGCUAAGAAGAAUUUCAGUCCUGUCGAAUAACAAGUCUUUUGGGGUUGUGCCGAUCAACGACGCUGUCGUAGAGCUAGUUACCCAUGCACAAACUCGUUAAUACUAGGAGUGGGCGAUCUCUCUAGUGCCCAAGACUGCCAUCAGGUACUUAGCCCAGCUCGCCAAUUAGAGCUGUCACGAUACUACACGAAAGAGAAUUUUCGUAGAGUCCGCACGAGAAAAGGCUAGAAUAAUUUGGUUAAAACAAGCCAAAAGGUUACAUAGAUUACGCAUUUGAAAAAAAAAGGCGACAUAACCGUGUUGAGAGAGUGUAAUACUAUUGAUAUAUUGUUUGGUCAGUUAACUGUGACUGAAACACGGCCUGCCGUAAUAACAUAAUGAAACACAGAGUUAAUCUUGGCGGAUUUCUAGGGGAAGCUUUUUACCUUUUUUACAUCUCGAUAAGCUUAUCAGUUUUUUAGAAUAUUUUAAAGGAAGAAAUGAAAGCUUUUAGAGGCUUUAGGCAGGCUUCUAUCUUUACGGUAGCCUAGCAACGCAAAAAGCAAUUAAGCAUACAGUGCGGAUGGCAUAAUAAGAUAAAUUGUAUGGUGAUGGUGAAUGCAAUGAAAAGUUUCAUAGUAACUUGAAGCCCUUGGAAACAUAAAAAAACGAAAAAUCUAUUUUAUUUCUUUAAACGCGCCUAAAAUAUAUUCAUUCUAUUUGAUGCCGUUGAGUGCAAUAAACACGAAAAAAAUGUC